GGACACGGAGGGCGUGUUCGUUGAAGGGCAUUGCUUUAGCAAAUAAUCAGAAUUGUGUAGUAAGUUAUUUGACUUGUCGGUCCUAAAACCUGCGUUAUUAUAGCAAGGUUUUUAUUUACGUUCUUAAUAACGUAAUCUGUUAUUGGUAACGUGUUUACUUACUGUUUUCAGACACGACGUAGCUGAAGUGCAUAGUGCUGAGUGCAGUGCUGAUGUGAUGCUGGAGAAACAGGUUGUGGUGAACUGACCCCUCCCCCCAUGGCUGUUAGCACUAUGGACACGGAGUCAGCCCGGACACCUCAGUCACAGGCCGCCCUGACUAAAGGAGGCAGCGCUCGGCUACCUCCUGGGGCUCUCAGUGCAAGGCUGGGGUCAGAUGGGAGGCACUAUUUCUGUGGCUCUGUUGCGGCUCUUACUAAUAUUUGUGUGACUUUCCCAUUGCAAAAGAUUCUGUUCCGCCAGCAGCUGCAUGGUGUGAUGAUGACUGAGGCGGCACGGCAGAUCCGGAGGGAUGGCCUGAGCAAUCUGUACCGUGGCCUAUUGCCCCCUCUGCUCCAGAAAAGCUUCACAGUGGGCAUGAUGUUUGGCCUUUAUGAGGACUUCUCUAGAGUCUUACUAAACCAGUUUAUUGGUAGCGGUGUCCCAGACCUUGUCACUCGAAGCUUUGCCGCAGCUUUGGCAGGAACUGCUGAAGCUGUCCUGACACCAUUUGAGCGUGUGCAGACACUUCUACAAGAUCAUCGGCACCAACAGCGCUUUAACAACACACUCCACACCUUCCGGACACUUAAAGCUGAGUAUGGUAUGAGAGAGUGGUACCGUGGCCUUGUACCCAUACUCCUCCGUAACGGUCCAAGCAAUGUGCUCUUCUUCGGUCUCCGUGGUCCCAUAAAGGAGCAUCUUCCAGAAGCUAAGAGCUGGGAGGGUCACUUGGUAAACGAUUUUGUAUGCGGAGGGGUGUUGGGUGCCUUCCUUGGCAUUAUGUUUUAUCCCUUAAAUGUGGUAAAAUCUCGCACUCAGUCUCAGGUUGGUGGACCUUUCCAGCCAUGGAGGCAGGUGCUGCUAACAGUGUGGAGAGAGAGAGGCGGCAGUGUACCUAAGCUUUUCCGAGGAGCCCAUCUCAACUACCACCGUUCACUGCUCUCCUGGGGGAUCAUUAAUGCCACCUAUGAGUACCUGCUGAAGUUAAUUUGAGCAGGGGAUAGAGGAGAAACAAUACAAAUGUAAAGAGAAAGUAUUUAAAGGGAAAAGGCCUGUAUGAUGAGCUAGAGCCAGUUUAUUAAAAUGAAAUGUUGGUUUGUGGGAAAUAACGAGAGAGAGAGAGCGAGCAGCGAAGUUGCACUACUGAUGGGGCCAACAAUCAGUGUGAGAUAACCUGCCAUUGUGACUAUUAACUGUUGUCAAAAUCUUAAAACUAGAUACACUUUAGCCUAUAAAAAGCUUGGUUGAUUUGCCCUUGUUUGCUCCUAUAAUAUUUGUGGAGCAAAUUGAGCUCCAGUACUUUUUUUUUUUCCCCCAAAGUCUCAAGUAGAGAAGCUUGACUGGAUUAAGUGUUUUGCAGGAGAAACUGUUUCAUUGUAUGUGCUGUGGUGCUUUGUAGCCAGUAUCUACUUGUUUGUUUGGCUACUUCCGUUGUGAAGAUGUUUUCUGCCACUUACCACUUUUGUGCAUUUGACCACUGAAAUGCCCUAAAAAUGUUGUCAAAAAAAGUAAUAAACUUGACGGCUGGCCAUUUUUUUUCUGUUUAAUGCUCCAUUUCCACUUCUUCCACUGCUUUAUAUAUAUAUUGAUGAGAUCAAAAACAACAAUGGCUCUGACGUGUAUCUCCUAUCACACGAUUCAUCAGUCACCAAAUCAGAUACUGAUAUGUUUUGUCUUUCAUCGUUUAUCUUGAAUUCACUCUAAAGUGGUGUUGGCAAAAUAUCUUCUUUUGAGCUUUGACAGGUGCCCAUUGAUGUACAUAUCAGUAAAAAUGUACAGUAACACCCAGAUGACUUGUCUUUUUUUAUAAUGGAACUAUGAAAAGAUAUUUAAUCUAAAUCCUGUUUUAAAAAACAGAAAAUGUUUAAGAUUUUUAACAAAUCUUUGGAGUUUCAAAUAAGCUUUUUUCGUUUAUUAUUUCAUUAUGAACUGUUCAUAGACUAUAAAACAAAGUUCACCCCAAGGUUUUUUUCGUUUGUAUGAACCUCUCUGUCAUUUGUAUCAUAAAUAUAUCCAUGUCCUGCUCACUCUUUUAUAGCUCUCCUCACGCUUGCGCUCCUCGCUGUCUGUAACAUCUGUUGACAUAAUGGGCUCAGAUUUCAAGCUUGAGUAGAUGCAGUCACCAUUCAGCAGCUAUUGCUGGCCAUGAUGGUCUGAAGAGGGAAGGCACACUGCUCUCACUGAGCUGACACUUGGAGUGAGACUGAACAGUAAUGGUGCUGAGAGAAGACGGGCAGAGGGUAAUGUUCAGUGGCACAAAAAGCUCAAGCUGCCAUGUAAGUGGAUGACUUGGCCUAUUUCUUGAACUCUUCACUUGGAUAGCCCACAGUACCCUGUGUUUGAUCUGGGCUUUUCAGGAUUUUCUUUACGUUUCCUUUUUAUUUUUUAGGAGAAGAUGGACUUUGGAUUUAAUUGGAUUUUGGAAACUGGGGCACCCUUGCUGAUAUCAAACGAUGGUCUUUGUAAUCACCAUUUACCCUAAGGCACAAGUCACCAAAUCACAAAGUGUUGAAUUAAUAAAAGCAAGUCAUUGUAAUGUUGACAGUACAUUAAAAAGUUAACAAUGA